CGACCGUUCGAAACGUUUUUAGCAAUAGGAAUGAAGAAUUACGCAGACAUGUUUUAUAUAUAAAUGUUUUUAUAAAUAUUAACCAUUUUUAAAGUUCUUGUUUUUUCGAAAAAUAUCUUUUGUGUAUACAAUUGAUUCAGGAUAUAGCUUUUUUUAAAUUAGUUUAUUUGCUCUAACAAUUUAUUCAAGUUUUUUAAUCAGGGUCUAGCCUGCGUAGUACAAUCCCUGCUUAUUUCAUAUUCAUAUAUUGUAUUAAGAUGUGGGACGUUUUUAAUAAACAAGUUUAAAAUUUUUACAUUGAUAAUUUUUCUUCGAGUGUUUCGAAUUUUCGAUUCCUUAUUUUUACGGAACUUUAAUCCGUUCUACAGAAACCUUUUAAUUUUUUAUAUACGACUUGAAUUCUACUGUAAAAUAAAUGUAUACAUAUUUGACUCUCAAUUUUCAAAAAAUGGAGCUACCAUCGGAUUCCUAUAACAUCUAAUAGAUGACAGAUUUGCAACGUCCCUGUACAUGUGAAUCGGAAAUGUAUCUCUGAUGAAAACUGAAUUCAGUAAUCCUAGUUAUUAUAUAGUGCUAUAACAAAAUGUUUUGUUACAGUGCGUCCAAUUUUUUUUUGUGUUUCUUUAUCAAAAAAUUUUAGUAUAGUAGUUUUGUAGAACAUUUUUAAUUUUUUGUUGUUAAAAAAAAGAACAUAUAUUUUUAUUGAUAUGCUCGAUCCAAUGAGUACAGAGCUAAAAGUUAUGUAUGUGGUUAACCGUACAGGAAAACGAGAACCAAUAGCUUUUGAUAAAAUUUUAUCUCGAAUUGAGAAAUUGUCUUUCGGAUUGCAUUCUUUAGUAGAUCCAGCAAUUGUAGCUAAAAAUGUUAUUAAUGGUAUGUAUUCUGGAAUAAAAACCUCAGAGUUAGACGAACUAGCUGCUCAAACGUGUGCUUAUAUGGCUGGAUACCAUCCAGAUUUCUCUAAAUUAGCUGCUCGUAUUGCUAUUUCAAAUCUUCACAAAAAUACGUUAAAAGACUUUGACAAAGUGAUUGAGCAGCUUUACAAUUGUAAAAGUGCUAUAGGAGAACCAGCUCCUUUAAUCGCGUUGGAUGUUUACAAUUACAUUAAAGAAAACAUUUCUCUACUAAACAAUGCCAUUAAUUACGACCUGGAUUUUGAAUAUGAUUAUUUUGCGUUUAAAACUCUUGAAAGAUCAUAUUUGUUACGUGUUGAUAAUAUAAUUGUUGAGAGACCUCAGCAUAUGCUUAUGCGCGUGGCUUGUGGUAUUCAUUGUGGAGAUAUGGACAGUAUACUUGAAACAUAUAAGCUAUUGUCUGAGAGGUACUUUUGCCAUGCAACACCUACCCUUUUUAAUGCAGGAACGCCUAAUCCACAAAUGUCUUCUUGUUUUUUAAUGACAAUAAAAGAUGAUUCAAUUUGUGGUAUUUAUGACACUCUUAAGGAUUGUGCAUUGAUAUCCAAAACGGCUGGUGGUAUUGGGUUAGCGAUUCAUAAAAUCAGAGGUUCUGGUGGUUAUAUUAGCGGAACAAACGGAAGAUCUAAUGGUAUCAUUCCUAUGCUGAAGGUUUUUAACGCAACAGCACGAUAUGUAGAUCAGGGAGGUGGUCGCCGAAAAGGUUCCUUCGCUAUAUAUCUUGAGCCAUGGCAUCCAGAUAUCAUGGAUUUUCUAGAUCUUAGAAAAAAUCAUGGUUCAGAAGACGUGCGCGCUCGUGAUCUUUUUUAUGCUUUAUGGAUUCCUGAUCUUUUCAUGAAGCGCGUGGAAGCUGACCUGGAGUGGUCACUUUUUUGUCCUAAUGAGGCUCGAGGUCUCGCUGAGUGUUGGGGUGAUGAAUUUGAAGCACUUUACACAAAACAUGAAGAGGAAAAACGCGCCUAUACAACAUUAAAAGCACAAACACUUUGGUUUGCCAUUUUACAAAGUCAAAUUGAAACUGGCACGCCUUACAUGCUUUAUAAAGAUGCUUGCAAUAGAAAGUCAAAUCAACAAAACUUAGGAACAAUUCAAUGUAGUAAUUUAUGCACAGAAAUAGUUCAAUAUACUUCGCCUGAUGAAAUAUCCGUGUGCAAUUUAGCAUCUUUAGCUUUACCCCGUUUUGUUGUCCCAGAAACGAAAAAUGAACAAUCAACAGAAAAAGAAGAACAAGAACGCUUGACGUUUGAUUAUAAUAAAUUGUACAAUGUUACGAAAAUUGUAACGCGAAAUCUUAACAAAAUUAUUGAUCGUAACUUUUAUCCAGUACCCGAAGCAAAACAAUCAAAUUUUCGUCAUAGACCCAUUGGUAUAGGAGUACAAGGACUUGCUGAUGUAUUCCUAUUAUUAAAAGUUCCUUAUGGUUCGCCAGAGUCAAGGAAAAUAAACCGUUUUAUUUUUGAAACAAUAUAUUUUGCUGCGUUAGAGUCAAGUAUGGAAAUCGCUAAGGUUAAGGGAACUUAUGAUUCAUAUCAAGGUUCACCUAUAAGCAAAGGACUUUUGCAAUUUGAUAUGUGGAAUAAUGAAAGAAAGGACCAGGGUUUGGAUCCUAUACAACUGUCGGGUUUAUGGGAUUGGGAUUCUUUAAGAUUAAAAAUAAGAGAUUAUGGGGUUAGAAAUUCUUUGCUAGUGGCCCCUAUGCCAACCGCUUCGACAUCUCAAUUAUUAGGCAACAAUGAAUCUUUUGAGCCAUACACAUCAAAUAUAUAUUGUAGACGUGUUCUUAGUGGAGAGUUUUUUGUGGUGAAUCCGCACUUAUUACGAGAUCUAAUAAGUCUUGGCUUAUGGAAUGAGCGUUUACGCCAAGUUUUAAUUUCAUCGAAUGGAUCCGUUCAAGAUAUACCGGAAAUACCAGAUGAAAUGAAGAAUUUGUACAAAACUGUGUGGGAAAUCAAGCAGAAAACAAUUCUCGACAUGGCUGCAGAUCGUUCUCCUUUCAUUGAUCAAUCACAGUCAUUAAAUCUUCAUGUUUCAUCUCCUACGUUUGCGAAAUUGUCAUCUAUGCAUUUUUAUGCAUGGCGUUUAAAACUGAAAACUGGACAAUAUUAUUUAAGAACACAAGCUGCAGUUGAUGCAAUCAAAUUUACCGUAGACAAAUCUUUUUUGAAAGAACCAACAACCACUUCUCUAGUCUAUCCAACACAACAACAUGGUGUAUCAAUAUCACCUAAACAUGACGUGGAGUUAUCCAAAUCAGUGGAUUUAUUUAAUAACAACAAGACUCCAGUACCUAGAAGUUUCGUCCAACCCUCCCUCAUACCGCACAGGGGCACUGGUAUGACCUCUGUGGCAUGCCCAAGACGUGUGUCUGGAGAUAAGAAUGACAUUUGCUACUCUUGUUCAGGUUAACAUGUAUGUCUAUAUGAAAGAGUACGCGGUAUUCUAUUUUUAACCAGUAGCAUAGAGUAAUUUUUAAAGAGAAACAAUUCGAAUUGAGUGGGUAACACGAUUUAAGCUAACAUGACAGAACAUCUUUAUAAUAAAUGAAUUUCUUGAUAAAAGCGGUUUUGCAAUUUAUCAAUCACGCCG